AUUUCCCUUUCCUUCUCGAACUCACGAUUUCUCUUUCUUCCCUCGCCUUAUCAUUUACUCCACCUCGAACUUUCUAGAAACAACAUAACCUAACACGCACGCUCACCUCUCUUCCAUCGUCUCCGAGAUGAGUCAACGUCCUCUUUCAAUUAAUCAGGCCGUUCCGGUGUAAGGUCUUUGAUUUUGAAGGUUUAUGAUUGAACUGAACAAAGUUCGUUCGAGUUAAUGAAGGUUCUGCCUAUACCAGGUACAAGAAAAAAACUAUGUUACAGUUAAAUUUCAUUUAUUUGUUUGAAUGGUGUCUGAUAAAAGUUUGUGAUAAGUUAGAUUAAGUUAAUAGCAAAGUAGAGGAAAUAGAUUAGAGUUGCGUAAUUUGGUUUGAGGGGUUGGGAUCUGAAACCUAACCCGAUGGCACCGGGUGAGCAAACGAGCGAAUCUCCGGCUACCACAGCAGCAGACUCGCAGAGAUCUCUUCCGACGCCGUUUUUGACUAAAACUUAUCAACUAGUUGAUGAUCCAUCUGUGAAUGAACUCAUAUCGUGGAACGACGACGGUUCAACCUUCAUAGUUUGGAGACCGGCUGAAUUCGCCAGAGAUUUGUUACCUAAAUAUUUUAAACACAACAAUUUCUCUAGUUUCGUCCGCCAGCUCAACACUUACGGAUUCAGGAAAGUAGUUCCAGAUCGAUGGGAAUUUGCCAAUGAUUGUUUCCGACGAGGCGAGAAAAGUCUUCUGCGUGACAUUCAGCGACGUAAAAUCUCGCCAGUAGUCGCUGCAAGCACCGUUACUGUGGCUGCCGUUGCAGGUGCCGUUUCUCCGGCGAACUCCGGCGAGGAGCAGGUUAUAUCAGCGAAUUCAUCACCUGUGGCGGCGCCUGUUACUACUAUGAUUCCUACGACGAGUUGCACGACGAUGCCGGAGCUUCUGGAGGAAAACGAAAGGUUAAGAAAAGAGAAUAUGCAGCUUAAUCAUGAGUUGUCUCAGUUGAGAGGAUUGUGUAAUAAUAUACUUUCGCUAAUGACGAACUACGCCGCCGGUCACUUUGAUACGGCUAGUUUACCGGAAGGGAAAGCGAUGGAGUUGCUGGCAAGGAAGGCUGAGGACGUCGGUGCGAAAGCUGAGGAAGCGGAGGAAGUAGACUUGACGCCGAGGAUAUUUGGUGUCUCAAUUGGAGCAAAGCGUGCAAGGAGAGAAGAAGAGGAGGAGAAUAAUCAGGUGCAUCAACCGGAGCACGAAGGUGUAUCAAAUGUAAAAUCAGAGCCGCUGGAUGGUAAAUCUGAUCAUCAUGAGGAUCCUAGGUGGCUUGAACUGGGUAGUAAUUGAUAGAAAAUCAUAUGAAAGUGAAAAUGGAUUAAAAUUGAUUUGACACGUGUCGGUUAGAUGGUUGAAAUUUGCCAAAUGUAGACGGUCACAUGUUUGACACGUGAGGAUUAUGGUAAUGUCUGGGAAAGUAGUCCUUGACUAGUUGUGUUUUGCUGGAAAAAGCAUCCGGCACUUUCGAUCCAAGAAGGGGCUGGACCAUGGAUUACAAAAUGGCGGAAAAGCGGAAAAGGACCUACAACAAAAAGCCAAUUUCUUCAACUUGGGUUUCGAAGAUUAAUUUUUACGGGUAAUGAAAAUUAGUUAAUUAGCAGGUUUAAGCCUAACAAUCGGAGCUGCAACCUGUAAUUUGUUGGAAUUACUAAUGUAUCCCUAGCCUAGCUUUGAGUUUGAGUUUGUGUUUGCAAUUUCCAGUUUAAUUAGAUUAAUAAGAAGUCAAUGUUCGAGUGGAUGGUGAUUUGAAAAUAUUCUUUUCUUUUUCCUUUCA